GUGGGUUUCGGAUAGGGUUGUUUUCCCCCAGGCCCGCGUACCUGCCGCACAGCUGGGGGAAGGCUACCUGUGGGGGCGGCCUGAGCCUGUGCGGAGAGGGGCGCUCGAGGCCGGCGGGAGCGAGGACUGUCGGCGGGGAGCCGGGAGCAAGCCAGGGCGCCCGUGGUCCUCGGCCGCCGCGAUGUCAGCGCAGUGCUGUGCGGGCCAGUUUGUUUUUCAACAUCUAAGCAUUUAUGGAUGGUGGGGAUGUCAGAUCACCUCUUGCAUGGAUGCCACCAUGUCUCUGGCAGAUGGUACCUGCUGACCAUUGCUUUUUCCCUGCUGAACCAUUCAGCCUUGGAACCCAGCACAGCGUUCCAGGAUGCCACAACGAGUUGAAUUUGGCCUGCUGCUGUGGGACUGCUGGCUGCUCUCUCUGCUGUGGCUGUUGCCCCAAGAUCCGACAGUCCCGGAGUACCCGCUUCAUGUAUGCCCUCUACUUCAUUCUCGUCUCUGUCCUCUGCUGCAUCAUGAUGUCACAAACCGUGGCUAAUGCGAUGAAAGAGCACAUUCCUUUCUACGAAGACAUUUGUAAAGGCAUUAAAGCUGGUGACACCUGUGAGAAGCUGGUGGGGUAUUCUGCGGUGUACAGAGUCUGCUUCGGAAUGGCCUGUUUCUUCUUUAUCUUCUGCCUCCUGACCUUAAAUAUCAACAACAGCAAAAGCUGCAGAGCCUACAUUCACAACGGCUUUUGGUUCUUCAAGCUCCUGAUCCUGGGGGCCAUGUGCUCAGGCGCUUUCUUCAUUCCGGACCAGGAGACCUUCCUGAACGCCUGGCGCUAUGUGGGAGCCAUCGGAGCCUUCCUCUUUAUAGGCAUCCAGCUCAUCCUGCUCGUGGAGUUUGCACACAAAUGGAACAAGAACUGGACCGCAGGCACAGCUCACAACAAGCUGUGGUACGCCUCCCUGGCCCUGGUGACCCUCAUCAUGUACUCCAUCGCCGCUGGAGGCUUGAUUUUGAUGGCAGUGUUUUAUACACAGAAAGAUGGUUGCAUGGAAAACAAAAUUCUCCUGGGAGUGAACGGAGGCCUGUGUGUGCUGAUUUCACUGGUCGCCAUCUCGCCCUGUGUCCAAAAUCGGCAGCCACACUCCGGGUUACUGCAGUCGGGUCUCAUAAGCUGCUAUGUCACGUAUCUCACUUUCUCAGCUCUGUCCAGCAAACCCGAAGAAGUGGUUCUGGAUGCACAUGGGAAGAACAUCACGAUCUGUGUGCCUGGCUUUGGUCAGGACCUGUACAGAGACGAGAACUUGGUUACUGGACUGGGUACCACUCUCCUGUUUGCGUGCAUCUUAUAUUCCUGUUUGACAUCGACAACGAGAUCGAGUUCUGAUGCUCUGCAGGGGCGCUACGCAGCGCCCGAACUGGAAGUAGCUCGGUGUUGCUUUUGCUUCGGUCCCUACGGAGAAGACACUGAAGACCCGCAGAAUAUGAAAGAGGGGCCGGGCGUCAUUUAUGACGAGAAGAGAAGCACCGUCUACAGCUAUUCCUAUUUCCACGGAGUCUUCUUCUUGGCUUCCCUCUAUGUGAUGAUGACGGUCACCAACUGGUUCAACUAUGAGAGUGCCUACAUCGAGACCUUCUUCAGCGGGAGCUGGUCCAUCUUCUGGGUCAAGAUGGCCUCCUGCUGGGUGUGCGUGCUGCUGUACCUGUGGACGCUGGUGGCGCCCCUCUGCUGUCCUUCUCGGCAGUUCUAUGUGUGAAGACCUGCCGCUGGAAGGGACGUCCUUUGAGCAAGUGUCCCAGGGGUCUGAGCACUGACGGGCACUUUUCGAAAAGCUGGCUUCCCCUGGCUUUCAGGGGGGGAAAAAAAAUCACCUGAUGAGCUUUUUAAUCCUGAAUUUCGAAAAGAAACUACCAAGUUAUCCCGAAAGAAUUGAAAAUUUCAACCAAGCUUGGUCCUGAGUGAUGCUAUGUUUUGUAUGUGUCUAACCCCUAAAAACUGGGGUGGUAGUUAGGCUAGUAGUUUUCUUCUGCAUGUUUUUACCAAAACAGUUUGGAGUAUGACAUCUCACAGGGGUAGAAAGUUACCUUGUGUGGCCUCUCAUUCUGAUCCUUGGAACAGAAAACAUGCCAAAAUCUUGAGCCUUCAGCCCCUGACAGAAUGCAGACCCCUGUGCACCCCGGGGCCCGCGGGACCCUGCACACAGCCCCCCGGUAUUUAUAGGGCACAAGAGGCAGCACCUGCUUUUAACUCCACCUGUGCUGCUUCUCUGGGCCCUCAGACGUUUCCCUGGGAAGUUGUGAUGCUGGGAAUCACAUCUGCCAUUGUCCUUCUGCCGCCCUUCCUCAAGGUCUCCUCAUCCUUUCUGGGCCCAGUAUCUUUGUUAUGUGACAAAGCACAAUUUGCUAUCACCACCUGUGUGACCC